CUUCAGUCCACUUCUCAGACUCUCUCUCUCUCUACCAUUUUCCUCAUCGGCGGAGGCAUUCACAAAUCUCAUCUCGAGUUUGUCUCUCUAAAACUGUCCUUUCUUUACACAGAGAGAAAUGGCUUUCGAGAAGAUCAAGGUCGCCAACCCAAUCGUUGAGAUGGAUGGAGAUGAAAUGACUCGAAUCUUUUGGAAAUCAAUAAAAGACAAACUCAUUUUCCCCUUUCUGGAGUUGGAUAUCAAGUAUUUUGACCUUGGGCUUCCUCAUCGUGAUGCCACUGAUGAUAAGGUUACUGUUGAAAGUGCAGAAGCUACUCUUAAGUACAAUGUAGCAAUCAAGUGUGCAACCAUUACUCCAGAUGAAGCUCGUAUGACGGAGUUCAAGUUGAAGUCAAUGUGGAAGAGUCCAAAUGGGACCAUUAGGAAUAUUCUGAAUGGCACGGUUUUCAGAGAACCAAUUAUUUGCAAAAACGUCCCCCGGUUAAUCCCAGGAUGGACAAAGCCUAUAUGCAUUGGAAGGCAUGCUUUUGGUGAUCAAUACCGUGCAACUGAUGCAGUUAUCAAAGGAGCUGGGAAACUCAAAUUGGUGUUUGUGCCAGAAGGAAAGGACGAAAAGACAGAGUUAGAGGUUUACAACUUUACUGGUGCUGGAGGUGUAGCUUUGUCCAUGUACAACACUGAUGAGUCAAUUAAUUCUUUUGCUGAGGCUUCAAUGAACACUGCUUACCUGAAGAAGUGGCCUCUCUAUCUUAGUACAAAGAAUACUAUUCUUAAGAAAUAUGAUGGAAGAUUCAAGGACAUAUUUCAGGAAGUUUAUGAAGCUAAGUGGAAAUCUAAAUUUGAGGAAGCUGGGAUAUGGUAUGAACACCGACUCAUAGAUGAUAUGGUUGCUUAUGCUCUUAAGAGUGAUGGAGGUUACGUAUGGGCAUGCAAAAACUAUGAUGGGGAUGUGCAGAGUGAUUUCUUAGCACAAGGGUUUGGAUCUCUUGGGCUGAUGACGUCUGUUCUGGUGUGCCCUGAUGGGAAGACCAUAGAAGCUGAAGCAGCCCAUGGCACUGUUACACGCCACUACCGGGUUCACCAGAAAGGAGGUGAAACCAGCACAAACAGCAUAGCGUCAAUCUUUGCUUGGUCUCGAGGGCUUGCACACAGAGCAAAGUUGGAUGAUAAUGCUAGACUCCUGGAUUUCACUGAGAAACUAGAAGCAGCUUGUAUCGGAACUGUGGAGUCAGGGAAGAUGACCAAGGAUCUUGCACUUAUAAUCCAUGGUUCCAAGCUUAGCAGGGAACACUAUCUUAAUACCGAGGAGUUCAUUGAUGCUGUGGCGGACGGGCUGAAAGAAAGACUUUCUUGCAAAGCAUAAUUGUUUUGAUGGACGAGUUGAAGACUGAUAGGUUUUCUCUGCUAACUUAAAUUUUGCGGAGAAGAAAUAAAGGGGUCAUUUUGGGGAUUGGAGGGGGCAUUUUAAGGCCUUGAAGCUUUAGCUUCUGGAUGCUAUCGAGGACGUGUUUGAAUUAAUUAAUUUGCUCUGCUACAAUACGUUGUGAUUUUCCCUGGUUAAAAAUAGUUUUUGUUGCUCUAUAUCUAAUUACGAAGGAAAUCGAGACAACGAUAGGUUCUCUCUGCUAAUAUGGUAUUUUGCAGAGAAGAAAUAAGGGUAAGAGCAAGGCUGGGGCUUAUGAUUUAUUUUAUGUUUAUGCAUUUACCCAUACAAAAAAAAGUCUGAAAUUCAUGAUUA